AGAAGUGCCACCAAAAAAGAACACAACCCAUAAUAUUAAAAAGGUGUCAUGACAUAAGGGCAUUACUAGCAAACAAAUAUCUUUGACCUGUAGGACGCCGCACCUGUGUGAUGUCAUUUGUCAGUGUAAAUCAGUCGUCUUUAUUCAUCUUGAUAAGGGAUUCAAGUUCCUUUCAUUGUAGACCAGUAAAUUGAAUUUGCUUUCGGAGCAAUGGCUGGAGAUGGAAAUGGUGCGAGAAUGCGAGUAGUGGUGGUGCCACUCCCUGCACAGGGGCACCUCAAUCAGCUCCUUCAUUUCUCCAGAGCUAUCGCCCAACGGGGAGCAAGUGUAUCGUUCGUGGCCACCUCCACCCAUAUUCACCAAGUCCGCCGCCGUGUUCAGGGAUGGGAGCUUCACAACUUCGACAUUCGUUUCGAGGAAUGGCCCAUGCCUCAUCUCUCAGACGGAGAAAUUGAUGCUCAGAGUACUCAUAUGUUUCCACUUCACUUGAUUCCUCUGUUUGAAGCCAUGGAGAAUCAGCUAGGGUCUCAUUUGGAGCAGCUACUGUGCACUAUCCGCUCCCAGAACAAUAAUAGAGUGGUUAUAGUCCACGACUCGGUUAUGGGAUGGAUUCAGACUGUGGCUACCAAAUAUUCAAUCCCUGCCUAUGCGUUCAGGCCCACUGGCGCUUAUUUCUACCUGUGGAUGAAGCGGGUAUCUGAUGAGACAAUGGGCGUGUCCCCUGUUAGCAUAUCAUUGAAGCGUUGCCUUCCUGAAAGAUAUAUAAAAUAUUCGAAGCAUCAAAUGUCACUUUUAGGUUCUGCGAAGGGACAGAUCAUAAACACAUUCAACGCACUGGAAUCACAGUUCAUUCACCAGGGAAGAGAAGAACUAGUCUUCGGCGGGAAGCCUGUGUGGAGUGUGGGUCCUCUUCUUCCGCAGGCCUUCUUCAAUGACGAACGGCGGUUGCGAUUACAGGCGGACACAGAGUGCAUGAGAUGGUUAGAUACACAGGCCCCAGCGUCCGUUCUAUACGUUUCAUUCGGAAGUGUAUCUUCUCUUUCGGUCACACAGAUCCGAGAACUGGCUGACGGAUUGGAACGCAGCGGGCAGCAUUUCUUGUGGGUGCUCAGGAUUUCCGACGGGGCCGAUUCCUCGACAGAAGCUCAGUUCGAUUCGGCUUGCAAGUUUUUGGAACAAGGGUACGAGAGGCGUUUAGAGGGACGGGGUUUUAUUGCGAGGAAUUGGGCACCGCAGCUUGACAUCCUGUUACAUAAGUCGACUGGUGGGUUUUUAACGCACUGCGGUUGGAAUUCGACAUUAGAGAGCAUCAGCGCCGGAGUGGGUAUGCUGACCUGGCCUCUACAUUCCGACCAGUUUGCCAAUUCGGCUCUGAUCACACGGGAGUUGAAAGCGGGCGUGGAAGUUAAAGAAUGGGAAAAUGCAUAUGAAAAUGAGAUGGUGAGUGCAGAAGAGGUUGAGAAAGCAGUGAAACGGUUGAUGACAAGUGAGGAGGGAAUGCGAGUAAGAAAGAGGGCGCAGGAAUUGAGAGGCGAGGCUCGUAAGGCCGUAGGCGAUGGAGGGUCUUCGUGGAAGGAUAUGGAUUCUCUUCUGCAUCACUUCUGUCAAUCCUUUUCAGAUUAGGCCAAUGGGUUGUGCGUACAGGGUGGACGUGAAAGCUUGUUUAGUCUAUUUUUAAACGCAGAUCUGUGUAGUAGAGAAAGCCGUACGUUGCCAUUGUUUUUAUAUAUAUAUAUAUAUAUAUAUAUUAUUAUGUCUAGAGGCAUCUACAAUGAUAUCAAAUGUCUCUAAACAAAAAUUCAAUUUUGAAACAAUUUGACAUGCAAA